AAUAUGUUCUGCAUGCCUGGCAAGCGACGUCAUGUCAUAAUAAAGUUACUGUAGGCAGAACAUUUUCCUCCAAGUUAUGGCACUUCAUUUAUUAUACUUACAUUUUAUAACUAAAGUUAUGUAUAUGCGACACACAUUGCGAUGAGAAAAGAACAGGUGGAUGAUAGACUGUCGAUGAAGAGCGCGCACCACAGACAUGGCGUCUAUAGUAUUUUUUUUACGCGGAAGCCAUGUCACCAAUGGCUGCUUCUCCUUCAUCCUGCGACCAUCAAGAGGACUGGGGCGAAGAGAUGAUGGAGUUGAACAAGGAUUUAGAGAGAAUGAUUGAAGACGUGGAAAAUAUAUCAGUACAGCUGACGUGGAUGGCCUAUGACAUGGUGGUGCAGCGAACCAGUCCUGAUCUGGGGGACUCCAUUCGUCGGCUGGAGGAAGAGUUCCUCCGCUGCAGGGCUGUCAUCUGUGGCUCCCCUGGGGAACAGGAGCCGAACCAGGGGCAGGGGAUGGGAUAGGAACUGGGACAGGGGCUGAACCAGGGGCAGGGAAAGGACCAGGGGAUGGGAUAGGAACUGGG